AUGAAACCAAAAAUUAUAUACGAAACAGAAGAAUUAUACAAAUUGCGUCAUAAUGGAUCUUACAAUAUUUAUUUACCAGAUUUAUAUCAAUCAAAAUCAAGUUCUUCUAAUUGUCAAUUAAGUUCUUUAAAUAAUAAUAAUAAUAAUAAUUAUUUUGUUACACAAACUAAUGUUUAUCCAAUUUCAGCAUAUGUUUUCAUACAUCAAUCUAAUAUUAUUAAUUCACCGCCUAUUGUAUCAUCCAAUGAUUUUAAUUAUUCAACACCGCCUUCUUCAACUAAUUUAGGUCAAAAUCAGAAACAAAUUCAAAUUCAAAAUCAGAAUUAUUUUAUAAAUUCAAGUUUAAAUUCACAGCCAAUAGUUAUACCAGUUAUAAAAGUUAAAAAGGGAUGUAAAUUACCACCUGGAGGAUUACCAUUAACUUCAUUAAUUGAUUCAAAGAGAAUACAAAAAGAAUCAAUAAAUGAUAGUUAUAAAUCACCUAUUAGUGCACAAAAAGAAAUGAAUCAAGAUGAAAAUAAAGAAGGAGAUCAAGAUAUAGUUAUUAGUAGUGCAACAUUAACUACAACUACAAAUACAACAACAUCAAGUGAUAUAAUAAUUAAGAUAUUACCAGAUGAUUAA